GGGUAGGGGAAGGGGAGCACUUUACAUUAACGAGAUAACUUCAUUAACUUGAAGCCCAUCUAUCAUUCCACAUGCAGGACACUUCAUACUUUUCUCUUUUACAGUAAGGAUCGAGGCACUUGACAUCAUAUGAUCGAGCCUGUAUAGUCGAUCUUUGAAUUAAGGGGGGUUUAAUUUUAUUUUCUAUUUUAUUUUGAUUUUGCAACUUGGUUUUCAUAAAUUGUGUCUUGAAGCUCUCCUCUGCACAGGCAUUUGAAGGGUAGGUUUGGUUUUACAACGCAUGGAUAUUUCUCGUGAUGUUUUGAAGCUAUCCUCUGCACAGGCCUUUGAAGGAUCACUUGGGUUAUGCAACGUGUUUGGGGGGCUGCGGCUGCGUGUGGUGCUGACGGUGCUGGUGAAGACGUGUACCUUCUGCCUGGUGGUGCUGGGCCUACUGGCGUAUCAGGGGGCAGGGCCAUUCCAGCACGGGCGAGGCUCUGACAACGUGCCGUUCCUUGCAUGCCUCAGACCUGCCAGGCAUUACCACUUGGUCCUGAUCCCGCUGUACUGUGGCCUCCUUUUCGCUGGCUUCUAUGCGGUGGCGAUGGUGGUGGUGAAGGUGAAGGGCACGGGCGGGAGGCACAGGGGGGUCGUACCUUCCUCCUUCCUGCUGGUGCUUGUGGUCAGCCUGAGCCUCAAUGUUGGUUUGCUCUUCGCCGAGGACCGUCGCAACGCCUCCGCCAGCCUUGCCCUCAGCCUCCUCUUGAGCCUCAGUAAUAGUGUCGCCCUCUGCUUCUUGGCCGUCAGUUUCUGGUCCUCUGCCAAGACCAUUUAUAGGGAGUCCAUUGCUGACUUCUGGCUCAAUGUUGCUGUACUGAACAUCAUGGCCACAUAUGUUGCCUGGAGCCUCAUACAGUUCAUUAUAUCCCUUGGUGUCUUCCUGACCCUUGAGAAAAAGAUGAAUGAACAUGAUGUGUGUUCAGGAGAGCUCAUUGUCUUCAUCGUGCUGCUCCUCGCCUGGUCCCUCUUUGAGAACAGUGCGCUGAGCCACUGCUGCAAUACCAUCAUUAUGCAUUAUUUGGUGUUGAUGUAUUUCUUGGUGAUGGUGAUAGCCAGACAGAGUGGCAGCCCUGACCAGAUGCUGCAGAUCCUGAGCAUCAGCAGCCUGGUGGUGACGCUGCUCCUGCUGGCUGUCCGGCUGGCCUUCUUGGUGAGGAUGAACAGAGGAAGCAACCUGUGUGGCUCCAGGACCCAAGAAACACCCCAGCUUGAGGAGAGUCCAGCCCCUUAGUGACAGCUUGAACAUUGACACUAAACAUGAUAGUGCACUG